CACUGACAACUUUGUAAAUGUUGCCUCAAGAUUUUAAACAACGGCUCAAUACAGUGUGAGACAUAAUCAUAGUGCCUGAAUCAACUGUCCAGUCACCUUUUGAGCAAACUCACAAGGGGACAAUCUCACGGGUUUGAGCAGUUCAGGGUUUUAAUGCAAGUCAGGAUAACCUGCAGAGAGGGCCUUCCCCAGCCGCCUGCCAAAAAGCAGUCUGUGAGCUUGCUGAUUUGUACCUGUGUUGCCAGUUGGACACUCCUCAGCAGUCACAGGUCAGUUUAAUCAAGUUUCACCGGAACUGCAGGAAUUGGUUACAGUUACAAGGUAGUAAAUAAAUUAAAGAUGCCCCCAAAAAAGAAAAAAACAAGACAGAGUGCAGAGGAGGAAACCAAAGAUGUGGAUGACGAGGACUCUGAGGAUCAGAAACCAAAGCCUAAGAAGAAAAGUAAGCAGGUAAGUGAGUCAGAGGAUGUUGGAAGACGGAAGAAAAAGAAGAAGUUUAAAGACAGCGAUGAAGAAGGAUAUAAUUCAGACACAUCAGGGCCUGAUGUGAAGAGCACCAAGACCAAAGGGAGAGAUAAAGAAAAGGUCAUAAAGUAUAAGAAGAAAGCCAAAGAGGAGAGCGGGGAUGAGCUGAGCAGCAACUCGCAGAACUCGGAUAAUGAGGAUAACAGCAAUGACUCCUGGAGGAAAAAGAGAAGAGGAAAACUCCCUGAUGUGAUUGAGACCACGAAGAAAGGAACAAAGAAGUCUUUGGACAAAGACAAGAUGGGGUCAAAAGAUAAAAAGUCCAAAGAUGACAAAAAAUCCAAGAAGGACUCGGAGAAAGGGGAAGAACGGACGGCUGGGGAUGAAGAGGAAGGGAAGAAGAAAAAGAAAGAAAAGAAGAAGAAAGGUUCAGAGAAAGGAGAGAGUGAUGAGGACAACAAGAAGACAAAAGGGAAGAAGAAGAAGGUGGAGAAUUAUGUUGAAAUUUAUGAGAGUGAGCUCCGCAACUAUGAGCCAGAAAAGGUGGAAAACUACGAGGAUGAGUAUCACAAAAAGAAAGUGUACGAGGUGGUGACUAUCACCGGUGACGAGAGAGGAGCAGGAACUGAUGCCAACGUGUUCAUCAUUCUGUUCGGAGAAUAUGGCAUCACUCCCAAAGUUCACCUGGCCAGCAACACAGAAAAGAGGAGUCGCACAGCUUUCGAAAGGGCUAAAACUGAUGUGUUCAGAAUUAGGACUCACAAUGUUGGACCUUUAAAAAAGAUCAGGAUUGAGCAUGACAACACUGGCAUGAGUGCCAGCUGGUUCCUGGACAGGGUGGUGGUGACGGAUGUGAUCAGGCCUCACCUGAGGUUCUACUUUGCUUGUAACAACUGGCUGAGUAAGGUGGAGGGAGACAGCCUUUACGUCAGAGACCUGCUGGGUAGCAUGGAUCCUAUGGAGAUGCCCAAAUAUAACAAGUAUGGAGUGAGUUUUACUGCGGAUGUAAAAGGCAGUGGAACCGAUGCCGAUGUCUUCAUUAAUAUCUUUGGGGAGUUUGGAGACACAGGUGAAAGGCGACUUGACAACGACAAAAAAUUUGAAAAGGGCACAGAGGACAAGUUCACCGUUGAGGCACCAAACUUAGGCAAAAUAAGAAAGAUCACCAUUGGCCAUAAUAACAAAGGCUCCUCGGCAGGGUGGUUUGUGGACAAGGUGGUUGUGGAUGAUAUGGGAAACAAGAUAGUGUAUGAUUUUCCGAUCAAUCGCUGGUUUGCUUUGGAUGAAGAUGAUGGAAAGAUCCAAAGAGACGUUUUGGUGGGGGGGAGCCAGCCCACAGGUAUUGUGUACAAUGUCCAGAUUGUGACAGGAAACAUACGAGGUGCUGGGACCAACUCCAAAAUCCACAUCGUGAUGCACGGCACGAAAGGCAUGAAGAACAGUGGCAAGGUGUUCUUAGAGGGAGGAAAGUUUGAGCGAGCCCUGACAGACAUCUUCAAUGUUGAGAUAGCUGCACUCCUCAGUCCCCUCAGCAGAGUCACCAUCGGACACGAUAACGAUGGAGUCAGCGCUGGGUGGUUCUGUGAGAGGGUGGUGGUGUACUGUCCGUUCACAGGUAUAGAGCAGACCUUCCCGUGUAGUAAAUGGCUGGACGAGAAGGAGGGAGAUGGGCUUAUAGAGAGAGAGCUCUAUGAGAUGGUCUCACUUCGACAGAAGAGACAGAAGAAGCACCCCUGGUCCUUAUGGAUCUUUACGUCUGACAUAGCCAGUGCAGGAACCGAUGCAGACAUCUCCUUCCAGGUUUACGGGGAUAAGGGCAAGAGCGAUGAGAUGAGACUGAACAACAAGACAGACAAUUUUGAACAAGGACAGGUGGACAAGUUUAUGGUUGAGCUGCCUGAUUUGGGGACUUUGAGCAAACUCCGUAUCUGGCAUGAGAAGAGGAAUCCUUUCGCAGGAUGGCAUCUAAGUAAGGCGACUGUGAUGAAGACAUUAACAAAGGAGAAGUAUACAUUUCCCUGUGAACGCUGGCUGGACACUAACGAAGAUGAUCAAGAGGUUGUGAGGGAGCUGCCUGCCACAGGAAGACUGGUUGCUGAGCCGCUUCCAUUGAUGAAAUAUAGAGUGACAGUUUGCACUGGGACUGUUGGCGGCAGUGGCACAGAUGCAUCCGUUUUUCUAAAUCUGAUCGGAGACCAUGGAGACACCGGAGAUCGUGAGAUGAUCAACUGCAAAAACAACAUCAACAAGUUCGAGAAAGGAAGUCUGGAUGAGUUUAUAGUAGAGGCAGUUGCCAUCGGGCAAGUCCGCAGGGUGAGGAUCGGACAUGAUGGCAGAGGUGGAGGCUGCGGCUGGUUCCUGGAUAAAGUGAUCGUAAGAGAGGAGGGACAGGCUGAAGCCCAGGCUGUGGAGUUCCCCUGCAACAGGUGGCUGGAUCGCAAUGAGGAUGAUGGACAGAUUGUCAGAGAAUUAGUGCCAUUUGCAGAUGGGCAGCGUCUUUACAAUGUGGGCUAUCACAUCGCCGUGAAGACAGGUGACAUCCCAGGGGGCAGCUCAGACUCCAACGUGUUUGUCAAGCUCUACGGAGAGAAGGGCAACACCAGUAAGAUGUUACUGGUUGUCUCUGACAACAACCUGGGGAACUACUUUGAGACGGGCCGCGUUGACAUCUUUAUUGUGGAAACAUUCGACAUUGGACAGAUCAACCGUCUAAUGAUUGGCCACACGAAUGAAGGCAUGCGUGCCGGCUGGUUCUUGGACAGCGUUCAGAUCUUGGUUCCAGUCCAUGGAAAACAAUAUAUGUUCCCCAGUCACCGCUGGCUGGAUGAAGAUGAGGCUGACGGCAAGACGGAGGUGGAGAUUUACCCGAGUGAGAUCCUGGAUAUGGAACAAUUGAUUAACUACGAGGUCACAGUUGUGACUGGAGAUGUGACAUUCGCCGGCACCAACGCCAAAGUGUUCAUCCAGAUCUACGGGGACAAGGGAAAGUCAGAGAUCAUCACACUGGAAAGCAGAUCCAACAACUACGAGAGGAACACCACAGAGAUAUUCAAGACGGAGGCCAAAGAUGUUGGGAAAGUCUUCAAGAUCCGCAUCGGUCACGACGGCACAGGGAUCGGAUCUGGCUGGUUCCUGGAGACGGUAGAUGUCAAACAUCUGAUCAUGGCCAUGGUGCCCAAGGAGAAGAAAAAAGAGGAUAAGAAAAAGAAGAAGAAAAAGAAGAAAGACGAGGAAGAUGAGGAGGAGGGUGGAGAGGAGAUGCAGGAAGUGGUGCUGACUUAUCAUUUCCCCUGCUCACGCUGGCUGGCUGGGGGAGAGGAGGAUGGUGAGCUGGUGGUUGAGCUGCUAGCAGAGGAUGCAGAGGAGCUGGAAGUCAACACCUACGAAGUGUGCGUCUUCACUGGGGACAUGCUGGGUGCUGGGACGGACUCCAAAGUCUUCAUUAAUAUUUAUGGAGAAAACGGAGACACCGGGGAGCGCUAUCUGAGGAACUCUGACAACAUCAACAAAUUUGAGCGGGGGCAGGAGGAUGUUUUUACUGUGACAGCUGUUGAUCUGGGUCCUUUAAAGAAGCUUCGAAUCCGACAUGGCAACACUCAGCCUUAUUCAGCCUGGUACCUGGAUCGUGUUGAGAUUGUGGACACAAAGGAUGAUAUAACGUACUUUUUCCCAUGUAACCGCUGGCUGGCAGUGGAUGAAGAUGAUGGACAGAUAGCAAGAGAGCUGGUUCCUGUAGACGAGGCCUUCAUGAGGAAGGAUGAGGACGAGGAGGGAACAGGCGCCACCCUGGGCCUUGAGCAGAAAUCCAUGUCUACUACAUACACCCUCAAAAUUAAAACUGGUGAAAAGAAGUAUGCUGGAACUGAUGCCAAUGUCUUUGCCAUUCUGUUUGGAGAAAAUGAUGACACAGGAAUCGUCAACCUAAAGGCUUGUAAGAACUACAAGAAUAAGUUUGAAAAGGGGAUGAUCAAUGAGUUUACUGUGGAGGCGGUGGAUUUGGGCGAUCUGGAAAAGCUUCGAAUUGGGCAUGACAACUCAGGGGGUUCAUCCGGUUGGUUCUUGGACUGGGUUGAAGUUGACGCCCCCUCACAGGGUCAGAGGAUGCGUUUCCCAUGUGGCCGCUGGUUGGAUAAAGGAGAGGAUGAUGGGGCAAUUUUGAGGGACCUUUUUCCCGCUGAGUUACAGACAGAACUCUAUACGCCAUUUGUGCCGUACGAGAUAAAAAUAUUCACCAGUGACGUGUUUGGUGCGGGAACAGACGCUGAUGUGUUCAUAGUUCUGUAUGGACGUAAUAGUGUGUGCACGCAACAGAAACACCUGUGUGUCAACAAAAGAGAGAGACGUCUGUACUUUGAGAGGGGAGCUGACGACAUGUUCAUCGUGGAGCUGGAGGAUAUCGGCGAUGUUAUCGAGAAAAUCAGGAUAGGACACGACAACAGGGGCUCGAACCCAGGGUGGCAUCUUGACAGAGUGGAGAUCAGACGACAGCUCAGGAAAGGAAAGGGUUCAGAGACAACCAUUUUCCCAUGUGAAUGCUGGCUCGCCAAAUCUGAAGAUGAUGGGGAGACGGUGAGGGAGCUGGUCCCCUCGGACAUCAUCACAGAAAAACUCCUCAGGGAUGGGAAGCUGAAAACCACCGAGACAGAGGUGGAGGAUGCUUUAGAAACUCACGCAUACAAGGUAUCAGUGCGGACAGGUGAUAUGUAUGGAGCAGGAACUGAUGCCAAUGUUUUUCUCACCAUCUACGGAGACCUUGGAGACACGGGAGAGCGCAAACUUGCCAAAUCUGAGAACAACAAGAACAAGUUUGAAAGAGGAGAGGUGGACAAGUUCACAAUUGAAGCUGUGGACUUGGGCCAAGUUUUUAAGAUUCAUAUUCGUCAUGAUAACUCAAUGGUAGGGGCAGAUUGGUACCUGGAUCAGGUGGAGGUGCUGGAUGUGGAAACAGAGGAGGUGUACAUGUUCCUGUGUGAGCGCUGGCUGUCAACCAAGAAAGAGGACAAACGCAUCCAGAGGAAUUUCUUUGUCAAGGGGUAUGAAGGGGAGAGAAACACUGAUCCAUACUCCAAGAUGAUUGCUCAGGCCAAACUGGGAUUGGACAAAAAUGCCAACAAAAAGAAGAAGAAGAAAAAGGUGGUGGUGGUGGAGGAGGGUCCAAUUAUCCCCUAUCACUUCACCAUAUCCACGGGGGUAGACCGUGAUGGCAGCACCACAGCCAGGGUCUACGUCAUCAUCAUCGGCCCCAACGAUGUGGAGACAGACCGACUGUGGCUGGACCUGCCAGAGGGAAAGAAAGCCUUCACAGCUGGCACCAUGGAGCACUUUGUGUGUUAUGGAACUGACGUAGGAGAGAUCAAGAGGGUGGAACUCGGCCAUAACGGUGUCACACCAGAGAGCUGCUGGUUGGCGGAUGAGCUGUCAGUUGCCGUGCCAACCAAAGGUAUCAAGUACAUCUUUCCAUGUAAGUGCUGGCUGGCUAAAGACAGGGGAGACGGUCUGACUGCCAGACUGUUCAACGUGCUGGACUCCAGCACCAUCAACAUUAUCCGCAAAGUCAUUUAUUCUGCAACAGUUGUCACAGGUGACACUCAGUAUGCAGGCACUGAUACCAACAUUUUCCUUGCUGUGUUUGGAGCCAACGGGAGCACAGAGGAAAUGCUGCUGCCAAAAAACGAGAACAGGUUUGAAAGGGAUCAAGAAGACACCUUCAGUCUGGAAAUAGACGACAUAGCUCCUCUGAAGAAGAUCAGGGUUCGGAUCGAUGGCACUGGAAGUCGCCCUGACUGGUUUCUUGACAGGAUCCUGAUGCGGAACCUGACCACAGAGGAGGUGUAUCUGUUUACUUAUGAAAACUGGCUGUCAAAAACAAAAGGACCAAAGAGGACAAAAGUGUGCGAGCUGGCAGCUGUGGUGGAUGACGAGGACAUGGUGGAGAACACAACCUACAUCAUCCAGGUCCAGACCAGUGACGUCGGAGGUGCUGGCACUGAUGCCAACGUGUUUCUGAUCGUGUUUGGGGAGUUUGGGGACACAGGGAUGCUGCCUCUGAAGGAGAGCACCAACAGGAACAAGUUUGAGCGUAAAAUGAGAGACGUGUUCAGAUUCUCUGACAUUCUCAGUCUGGGCGAGCUGUCCAAGGUCCGAGUGUGGCAUGAUAACAAAGGCCCUGCUCCUGGUUGGCAUCUGGAGUACAUCGACGUGAAAGACGAGGCCAUGGACCAGACGUUCAGGUUCCCCUGCGAUCGCUGGUUGGCUAAAAGUGAAGACGACGGGCAGAUCAUGAGGGAACUGGCCUGUGCCAACAACGACUCCAUAGACCUUAGUGACAAAACCAAAUAUGAAAUUGCCAUAACAACUGCAAACACAGAGGAAGCCUCCACCACAGAGAACGCCUGGAUUGUUUUGGAAGGACGGAAAGCUCGUUCCAAAGAGUUUGUUCUGGAGAAUAAGAAGAAGAAGUUCUUAAGCGGUGCCACUGACACGUUUGAGUUCUCAUCGAAGCACGUGGGGGAAAUUGCUGGCAUCUGCCUCGGCCACGUGACCAAAGACGGGAAGAAGGUGAAAAAUGAGGCUUUCUGGCACGUCAUGGAGGUGGUGGUGACAGAGAUGGCGCUGGGAAACAAGUAUUUCUACAACUGUAAUUCACAAAUCCCUCUGGCAGCCAAAAAGGAUCAGUUCCUGACAUUUGAGUGCUACAAGUCCAUCGAGAGCUUUGCCAGCAAAGUCCGCAACCUUGUCCCUGUCAAGUAUGAAAUCAUCGUCAUCACCGGGGAUGUCAAAGGGGGCGGCACUGACGCCAACGUAUUCAUGACCAUCUAUGGCGUCAACGGUGACUCAGGCAAGCGCCAUCUGCGUCAAAAGUUCCGCAACCUUUUCGAGCGAGGGCGAACGGACCGGUUUGUUGUGGAGAUGCUGGACCUCGGGGAGCUGCUGAGGGUCAAAGUGGAGCACGACAACAGCGGCUCCAGUGGUGGGUGGUAUUUAGAGUGUGUGGAGGUGACCAACACAGCCAACUCAGUGACAACCAUCUUCCAAUGCGGAAAGUGGCUGGAUGUUCACAAGGCCGAUGGGCAGAUUCACAGAGUGCUCUACCCAAGGUAUUAGUCGGAGGACUGGAGACAUGUAGAGCUGGUGAGCAGAGAUUUUUUACCACAUUUAAUACAAACCUUGUUCACAUUGAGUCAGCUUGGACCACAUUUUUUCACCACUUUUCUUUAAAGCGUGUGCCAAUUAUUUAGGUUGCCUCUUUGUGAACAUCAGAAAUGGCCAUUCCCUACCCUCUCUCUUGUUCAGUUUGAAAAAUUUACCCCAAAGCAGUCCUAAUUACUGCCCCAAGCAAAUAAUCAAACAUGACAGACAUCUAAUCUUGAUUUAGAUGUUCUCUUUUUGUUUGUUUUUAAUGUCUACAUUGAGGGUUUUGAGACUGAUGCACACACUAUGACACUCUGUUUGCUCACAACCACUAAAAUAAAAAGACAAGAAACAAAUCCUGCUUUAGGGAGUUGGUAGUGCUACACAUUGCAGCGCACAAAGUUUGUUUCUAUAGAAAAAGUGACUGCAUAAUCUAUUCAGAACAGCCAGUAUACAAACAAAAAAAAAGAUGCUUUCAGUGUGCUUUUGAUGGACAGUUUUCUCCCACAAUGCAAUGCACACGGGAAAUGCAAAAGUCACUCAGAGCUGCAGAUGAUGAAACUAAUUGUCCCACUGGAAGAUAAAAAAAAGCAGCCAAUACAUUUUUGGACGAACAUCUCUCUCUCUCUCUCUCUCUCUGUCUGUGGUGUUUAAUUGACAGUGUCUUUCCAGAGUUGUAGUUUGAUUGACAUCUGACAGCAAGUGUUGAAUCCCCGCCUGUCAAUGUGAGUAUAUGUUGAUUCUUCCUCUAUAAGCUGAACAUCCUUUUGCCAUGAAACCCAAUGUAUAGUGCAUACUAUAUUAAGUGUCAUGUAGACUAGCGUAAGGACACAGCUGACAGGAUCAUUUCUCUGUGUUUUUUUAGCUUGCAAUGUCUGCUGUUGAUUUUAUGCCACAUUUAACUGUUGAUUUUGUACUUUGAUAACAAAAAAAAGGAUGUAAACAAGAAAAUCUGUGGUAAAUAUGCUUUAAUGUUUCCUAAAAGGAAACUAAUAUUCUCCCUGACGACUGACACAAAAACAUAAUUCACACAUCAUCUUAACACUGAAUUGUAAUAAAGAAAAUUCUGAUUUUACAUAA